AUGAGCACAGAAGACAUCGCUGCGACCACUGUUUGUAAACAGCGGUUUAAGGGUCUUGAGAACUUCCUGAAAAGGAUUGCUUUUAACUUAGGCAACACACCAUCCCAGACUGAAGUUAAAAUAAUAUCGUGUAUACCGAUAGACGUGACAGAUUUGCAGCAAAAGAUCCUCCACCUGGAGAAGCAGCUGGAGGAAGCCCAGGGCCCGGCGGAGCCGUCAGAUAUGAGUAAAACCAGCAAGACAGGCAAACAGGCCAAGCUACCCAAGUCAAAACGCACGUCCGUGAACACAGCGAUCGUAGAGACUAAGUUCCCCAACGUGUCGACAGCAGCCAUAUCCUGCAAGUCGCUGGAUUGUGAUCGUAGUACUAGUCCAACAUGUUUACAUCACAAGAGAAAGUCUAACGUCUCGUUCAUAUUUCCAGAAUUUGAAACUAAUUUAACUUCGUCCCAUUAUCACUCAGCAUCUCGCAGUGCUGCAGAUAAGGCGAAACAUAAAGUGGAUCAUCGUCGCCCUAGCAAGAGAGAGAUGGCCGAGCCAAAACACGAACACCGACACCAUAAACAUGAUGAGAGCAAACGAAAUUUCUUUCGAAAGAAAAAAAACAUUGUAAAAAGUAAAAGAGGAAAGUCGCCCUGCGUGUACUAUGCACAGACCUUUGGUUCCCCUUUCAAUAGACCGGUCAUGGUCGAUGAAGACCAAAAGUACGACAGCAGUGACGUUUUGAGUCGAUCUUAUUUGGCUAACAUGAUUAAUAAGCAAUACAAACCGAAAGCCUUAGGAGAUGACCUCUCCUUAAUAAGCCAGUUCUCAUCGCCGGUCUGCAGAGACGUGCAGCCGCACUGUGAGGCUCCCUGUACUUACGAAUCUGACAUAUGCUCAUGUUGCCAUGGUCCAUUCCAUAACAUAGAUGAACGAAUUAACAAACUCAAUAACCCUCAGACGUACAUGCUCAAUGAGAUGAACACUGGCAAUGCAUAUUAUGAUACUAAUCAAUACGACUUAGUACCUGUAAAGGAAAAGCCAGUCAAGAUUAAGAAGGACUUAGAAAUGCCAAGAAAAAAAGACCUCAGAAAUAAUAUUGACAUGAAAUGCUGGCCGGAGAAUGUUCGCACGAAGUAUCGCUACCAAUCAUUGUGUCCUUUACCCGCAACUAAUUACUGUAAAGUUCGACCACGUAAUGAACACAACAUCAGAGACAAACCAGAUAACUAUGGAAGAAGAAUACCCGCAAGGCUCAUUAGAGCAGGUGCAAAGUUAAGAAAAGAGACAAAACGACGAAAAGAAAUUUAUAGGAGAGAGCGACCUGUAAUCAUUGAGACAUCAAAAAGUUGUUGUAUUGACUUUGGAGCUACUUACCCGAGAAAAACUUACAAGAAACCAAAACGUCAAGAGAGUUUACAACCAAUUCCGAUAUCAAAGAAAAACGCAGAAUGUUUAACUACUGCUAUAAACAACAAUGAGUGUCAAACAACGAUGAGCACCGCCGAGGUGAACAAUGCUGAUGCUAAAACAGAAGCUACUUUAAACCAAAUCAAAAGUAUUCUGCAAUCUGUUUUGGAAGAAGUUAAAAUUUCUAGUCAAACGAGAAGUCAGCUGAUACCCGAAAAGCAUAAAAAAGAUGCAGUCGUCCAAAAAGGACCAUCACAAAAUAACGUCCAAUCCAGUUUGAUAAACAGUUUUACCUACAGUCCCUAUACCAUGGCUCCUUCUGCAUACAUGGCAUCGUGCUCGCGGCAGUUAACUCCUAGCCAGUUCUAUUACCCCCAAGCGGGAAUGAAAUGUUUUCAAAACUUUCCCCUUUUCAUACAAACCCCAGGUCGACAUAUGUGCGCUAGUUGCUUUCGGAAUAGUUCUCACGUCAAAUCUUCACACUUCAAACAAGCAACAACGACUGCUACCAACACUGAUGACGUAAAAGAAAACCACAGUAAGGAAACUGAAAAAUUAAUCAAAGAAAUAUAUAAGUCUAUGGCGCUAACCGUGGACUUGCCGAAUAAAGAUACUUCGCUAAGCGAAUAUGACGAAAUGACAAAAUCUUUUAAUGGCUUUACUACACCAGUAAUCUUAAAAACGGAGCCAAAAAAGCCAGUCAAAAAAAUAAGGAACGUGGUUCAGGCGGUAUCGGAGUUAUUUAUGAAGAAAGACAUGGUGGACACGUCAGAUACACUAAACACAACGCUCGAAAGCAAAUUGCCUUCAAAUGAAACAAGCACGCGAUCACAACUGAUUGCCACUACUGAUACCGAACAGAGGAUAAGAAAAGAUCGCCAAGAUAGAUAUAUACGUAAUAAAAACUUGCAGCCUCUAACGGUUCACGAGGAAAACAGAACGUUUCGUGAAGCGAUGGCAAGGAACGCUGUUACUAUCACCGAGUCCGAGACAGCGAGCAGCGAGGGCGAUACUGAUACAAUAGAAGUUAGACAAGACGUAGUAGAACCUAAACACAAAAAAGAAAAGGAAAGUCUUCUCAGCAAGAUGUUCAAAUCCGUGUUCAAGUCGAGAGAAAAGACGAAGAAGAGGGGAGAGAAAACUGAGAGCGAGGAGGAAUUAACCUCUAGCGACUCUGAUGACUACCAGACCGUGUACAGCCAGAGGAUCGAGAAGACGGUGAGGAACAGGGGGCGCCCGCAGAACAUACCCAAACGUAAGACCCAUUCCAAGAUAUCCUACAAGCAAAUGUAUCAGAGAGAGCGGAGCCCCGACAAGAAGAGGGCGCCCUACAUGGAGCAGGAGUACCGGCGCUACUGGGACGAGCACCUCAUGUUCCACGACAACCGACAGAAGUUCUCCUCCGACCGACUGUACUCCGACCAGACCACUCCUCACAAGUCUGCCUACUACCAGACUUACGAAGCGAGAAGAUCGCUCGCUCAAUCCCCAGGGACUAUGAAUAACAGUAACGAGAAUAAAUUGGAUGCUAAGUCUGCGGCCAAAGGGCUGGCGUGGUUAAAGAAACAUAAGAUGGGCGUCCAUUGCGGCGAGCAAUGGAAGAAGCUGAUACUUGAAAGUUAA